CACCUCGGAACUUCUUCGUUCUUUCAUCUAUAUAUAUAUAGAUACAGUUAUCGACACACCUUCUCUGGGAGGUACUCCGUAUUUCAAGAUUCAUUGUCAUCUUUCCACGAGAUACUUAAGUUCCGCAAAGGAGGCCAAGGACUUCGUUGUAUAGCAUAAAUUGUGCACUGGAAAGAUGGAUCAGAUAACCAAUGUUAUGGAGUAUCAAGCCAUUGCAAAGGAGAAGCUGCCAAAGAUGGUUUAUGACUAUUAUGCAUCUGGUGCAGAGGACCAAUGGACUCUCCAAGAGAACCGCAAUGCAUUCUCAAAGAUUUUGUUUCGACCUCGUAUUCUCAUUGAUGUUAGCAAGAUAGACAUUACCACAACUUUCCUGGGCUUCAACAUUUCAAUGCCCAUCAUGAUUGCUCCAACAGCUAUGCAGAAAAUGGCCCAUCCCGAAGGAGAGUAUGCCACUGCAAGAGCAGCAUCUGCUGCUGACACAAUUAUGACUCUGUCCUCAUGGGCUACUUCUAGUGUUGAAGAGGUUGCCUCUACAGGACCUGGCAUUCGCUUUUUCCAGCUAUAUGUGCUCAAAGACAGGAAUGUGGUUGCCCAGCUUGUUAGAAGAGCUGAAAGGGCAGGUUUCAAGGCGAUUGCACUAACUGUGGAUACCCCGAGGCUCGGCCGUAGAGAAGCUGAUAUUAAGAAUAGAUUUACUUUGCCACCACAUUUGACACUGAAGAAUUUUGAGGGAUUGGAUCUCGGGAAUAUAGAUAAGACAGAUGAUUCCGGAUUGGCUUCAUAUGUUUCCAGCCAAAUGGACCAGUCUCUUAACUGGAAGGAUGUGGAGUGGCUUCAAACAAUCACCCAUUUACCUAUCCUAGUGAAGGGUGUCUUGACCGCAGAGGAUGCAAGGCUAUCAGUGCAAGCUGGAGCAGCAGGAAUCAUUGUUUCAAAUCAUGGAGCUCGCCAACUUGAUUAUGUCCCUGCAACGAUUAUGGCUUUGGAGGAGGUUGUUAAAGCUGCACAAGGCCGAGUUCCCGUUUUCCUAGAUGGUGGGGUUCGGCGUGGUACAGAUGUCUUCAAAGCAUUGGCUCUUGGAGCGUCAGGAAUAUUUAUUGGGAGACCGGUGCUGUUUGCCUUGGCAGCUCAUGGCGAGGCCGGUGUGCGAAAAGUGCUUCAAAUGCUUCGCGAUGAGUUUGAGCUAACUAUGGCGUUAAGUGGUUGCCGUUCGCUCAAGGACAUUACUCGUGAUCACAUAGUGACCCCGUGGGAUGCUCCUCGUGUUGUGCCAAAAUUGUAAGAUAAGCAGCACUGAUCUGAAGCAAGGUUUGCGAAAUGGUCCUCUCAGAACUGAAUGAUAUGAAUGAGCGGUGGUUGAUGCUGCCGUUUAUGUAUGUACUCUUUCUGAACCAUAAACAGUUGUGUUGCGUAAUAAAUGUCGAUUUGAAACAUUUUGUAGGAUACACGGCUCUUAUUACUACAUGGCAAUAAUAAAAGGGGAAUAUAUUCUGAAGCGCA